AUGCCGCAACCGAGGCUGGUUUACCCACGCCUACUGGAGGAACGUUCAGCCGAUGGAAGAAUGGUGUUGCACCUGCACGAUCAACUGACACUUAACCUCAGAAAGGCGUCGGUGGCGGCGCGAAACUUCCGAGUCCUGGAACACGAGGACGGCCACGAAGUGACACACUUUUUCGACGGGAGAGACCUGGAGCGAAAUCUGCACGAAGACGAAAAACAACUUGCCACAGUCCACGUCACAAAACGAGACGACGGGAUCGAAGUUGAAGGUGUGGUGGGGCCCCACCACAGAAUCGAGCCAAUGCUCUCAAUGGAGAGAUCUGAAGAGGGUCUCAUUCCCCACAUGAUACACGAAAUAGAGAAGAAAGAAAUGUUUGACAUUGAGAAAGCAAUACCUGAAAAAGAUGCUCUGACCCUGAAUGAGAGGAGUUCUGGCACUGAAAUCGUUCCCGCAGAAGUUACAAUAGAACUUUUCAUUGUCAGCGAUAUUAUGCAUUUCGGCCACUUCCAGACCAGUGUGGAAUUAAUAAGUUACCUCUGCAUACAUGUUAACUCAGUUAACAUGAGGUAUGCGGACACAAGUGGGCCAAAGGUGAAAUUUCUCCUCGUCGGAUGUGAGAGAGACCAUUUUAGCACUUACAGGAACGGUACCGGCAAAGAGUUGGAAAGUCAGUCUACUCUGGAGAUGUUUCAGGUGUACGCCUAUGGGAAAAGAUACGAAUACGGCCAUCCCGAUUUUGUGUUCCUGAUUACCGGGUAUGAUGCAUACGCCCUAGAGACAGACGGCACAAAGAACAUGAAUGUGUUAGGACUAGGCUAUGUAGGUGGCUUGUGCACCAAGUUUUUCGUGGCCCUCGGUGAAGACGUCGCUGGUACUUACAGCGGAAUGCAUACGCUCACCCACGAGGGCGGUCACGUGCUCGGCGCUUCUCACGAUCAAAGUAACCCAAAGCCAUCGAUUCCAGGAGACCCAGGAUCGUUGAACUGCCCCUGGAAAGAUGGUCACAUCAUGAGCUACGUCGACGGAGGAGCGAAACACCAUCGUUUUUCCCGGUGCAGUCUGAAGCAAAUUCAGCAUCUCAUAAUAUUGCGAGGAGAAGUUUGUUGGAGAGUGAGCAUAGGCAACACUGGGCACACGGCACCGGGAAAGUAUCCCGGUAUGGACGUAGCACCCAACGCAUUCUGCAAAAGUGUUUUUCCGAACGAACGAAACGUUACCGCUGACAUGGUGAGUGAAGCUUUCGUCGUUUUCUGA